CAGCCUCACUCACUCUGCACCUCCUUCAGGGAAGGACUCACCUUUCACCAGUUCAGCUGAGGAGUUGUGUAUUGUUUUAUAUAUAUAUCUAUCUAUCUGUAUAGCUCAUGGAGGGCAGCAGGCUCACCUGUGGACUGUGGACGGUCGUCUUCCUCCUGGGAUGUGGGCGACUGUCUGCGUUCAACCUGGACACCGAUAAUGUCCAGGAAAAGAGCGGACCUGCGGGCAGUUUGUUCGGCUUCUCUCUCGCUCUGCACUGGCAGCUCCAACCGGAGGACAAGAGAAUACUGCUGGUCGGUGCCCCGAGAGCAGAAGCGAUGAGUCGUCAAAAAUCUAAAGUGACAGGAGGACUGUACAGCUGCAGCAUGACCCCCAGCCCAACUCCUUGCAAAAGAGUUGACUUUGAUAACAACGAGGACCUAAGAAGUGAAAGCAAAGAGAACCAGUGGAUGGGAGUGUCAGUCAACAGUCAGGGGCCGGGAGGCAAGAUUGUGACCUGUGCCCAUCGCUACCAGCGGCGGAACAACGUGAACACAGCCAUUGAGAGCCGGAAAAUCCUUGGUCGCUGCUACGUGCUGAGUCAGUCCCUGACUAUUAACCCCGAUACAGGUGAAGAGGGAGGUAGCUGGCAUUUCUGUGACGGCCGGACCGAAGGCCACGAAAGGUUCGGCUCCUGCCAGCAGGGCCUCUCUGCCACAUUCGACAAGGACUACCACUACCUCAUCUUUGGGGCUCCUGGAGCGUACCAUUGGAAAGGUGUGGUACGCCUGGAGCAAAAGAACGAAACCUUCCUAGACCAAGGCAUCUAUGAUGACGGUCCUUUUGAGGCGGGAGAUGAGGGCGAACAGAAUGCUGAAUUGGUGCCUGUUCCUCCCAACAGCUACCUGGGCUUCUCUCUGGACUCGGGGAAGAGUCUGACCAAGAAGGGCCAGCUGACGGUGGUGGCGGGAGCUCCCAGAGCCAACCACAGCGGAGAAGUGGUGCUGCUGAAGAAAGGAGAGGAGAAGAAUUUGGUAGACGAGUACACCCUCAAAGGGGAAGGGCUGGCCUCGUCUUUCGGCUACGAUCUGGCUGUACUGGACCUCAACGGGGACGGCUGGGAGGACAUAGUGGUGGGAGCGCCGCAGUACUUUGAGAAGGACGGGGAAAUCGGAGGAGCCGUCUACGUCUACGUCAACAAAGCGGGAAGGUGGAACGAAGUGACGCCCACCAGAAUAAACGGAGCUCAGAACUCCAUGUUUGGCAUGGCUGUGGAAAACCUUGGAGACAUCGAUCUGGACGGUUUCAAUGAUUUUGCAGUGGGAGCUCCUUUUGAUAAUGAUGGUGUAGGGAAUGUUUACAUCUACCACGGAGCAGCCAACGGUCUCAGCUCUACAGACGCAACACAGGUUCUGCACGGCAAGCCAGGAGUGAAGCAGUUCGGCUACUCUUUGGCAGGAAACAUGGACCUGGAUAAGAACUCCUACCCUGACCUGGCUGUCGGAUCCCUCUCUGACUCUGUCUUUGUCUACAAAGCACGUCCAGUUAUUGACAUCAAGAAGGAAAUCAAGUUCACUCCGAAGGAAAUCGACCUCACCAAAUGUAGCAAAACCUUCUGCUUUGAAGUUGAAGUGUGCUUAACCUUCACUGCCAGCCCCGAGAGCUACGCUCCCAGUCUGACGGUGGUGUACUCCCUUGAGGCGGACGCUGAGCGUGAGAGGAGCGGUCUCAGCCCCAGAGCGACCUUCCUUAAUACGAACAGUACCAAGUCCACUGGGACCGUCACCAUGACCGGCAAAGGAAAGAAAAAUUGCUUUAAGCGUAGGCUUGUCAUAAAGGAUAAAAUUAAAGACAAGCUGCGCGGGAUCCCCAUCGAUGUGUCCGUGGACAUCCAGGGCGCCAACCGUAAACGCAGACAGAGCUCCGCUUCUCAAAUGACACCUGUCCUGGACGCCAAAGCGCCAGCGAUAACUCGAUCAGAGGUGAAUUUCCUGAAGGAAGGGUGCGGCAAAGACAAUGUUUGUCAGAGCAACUUGAUGGUGGAAAGUCGCUACGUUCACAGGUCAACUGGCGAAGACAAGUUCACUCCAUUAGAUCGGGAGGGUGACAUGCAGGUGAUCUCACUCAAAGACCAGAAGGAUAUCGCCUUGGAGGUCAAAGUGUCCAAUCUGAACGGAGAUGAUGCCUACGAAGCCGAUGUGAUCGUCACCUUCCCGCGCUCCCUCACCUACUCUACUUACCACGAUACACCUGGCAACAAAAUAUCCUGUGAGUCCAAUAAAGAAGGUUCUCAUGCUAAUUGUGAGCUUGGAAACCCCUUCAAGCGCGACUCAGUGAAGACCUUCUACAUUAUUCUGAGUACAUUAGGCAUCUCUUCCAACAUUACUGAACUGGAGGUUGAUCUUCAGCUGAAUACGACAAGCAACCAGGGGAAUAUGGCCCCCUAUAAAGCAAAGGCAAAGGUGAACAUCAUAUUGCAGCUGUCUUUAUUAGGACAAGCCCAGCCGUCUCAGGUCCAAUUCGCAGGAGAGGUCAAAGGUGAGACUGACAUGAGGAUGGAAAGUGCCAUUGGCAGUGCCAUCACACACCAGUUCAGAAUAACCAAUCUGGGGAAGAGCUUGAAAGACUUGGGCACCGCCAGCCUUCACAUCACAUGGCCAAAAGAGACAAUGGAAGGGAAGUGGUUGCUCUACCUGAUGAAGAUCAGCUCCGCUGGAGUGGACCAGAUUGACUGCUCUCCUAAAGGGGAGAUCAACUCUCUUGGCAUACAAUCGAGUGACCACAGGGUGAGAAGAGCAGUAGGAAAGAACCAGGGAUCUGAAGAGGGCACUCUUUCACGUUUACUCGACAAGAAGAAAAUGAAAAUUCUGUCCUGUGACAACAAUGGGGGGGCUAAAUGUGUGACGAUUAAGUGCCCACUGCGGGGCAUGGACAGUAAUGCAGUCUUCACUCUCAACUCUCGCCUCUGGAACGCCACCUUCAUAGAGGAUUUUUCCAAGCUCCAUCGUGUGGAGGUGAUAGUGAAGGCCUCGCUGCAUAUCGAUAGCACAGCGAAGAACACAGUGCUGCGUGAUGUUGAGACAGAGGUGAAGCUGACAGUGUACCCAGAGAGGCGUGAAGCCCAGUACGGAGGAGUGCCGUGGUGGAUCAUCGUGCUGUCCAUCCUGUUCGCGCUGCUGCUGUUGGCCCUGUUGGCUUUCCUUCUGUGGAAGUGUGGCUUUUUCAAGCGAGCCAAAUAUGAAGACAAGGUUCCCAGUUACAACGCUGUUCGUAUCAAACGGGAGGAGAGAGCGAUGAACUCUGGGAAUGUGAACUGGGAAAACCUGGAAAAGAAGCCCUGGAUGACAACCUGGCAUGACAAAGAACAUUAUUCUUAACAGCCAUUGAGGUCUGACACCACACAGAUUUCCUGUCGCUUACUGAUGAACUCCCAAAUUUACUGAUUCUUUUUUUGUUUUUUUCCUGCCUUGUCUUUACACAGCGUGGACUGUAAAUAUCAAGAAAAUCAUUUGUUAAAAAAAAACAUUUGUAGGACUAAAUUUGUGAUCUAACAUUAUGCUUCAGAGGCAGAAUUGAUCUCGGAUAAAGUCUGUAUGAAUCACUGGAAGGAGAGUUGCAGUGUGGGAGACGAUCCUGCACAACUACUGUCUGUCUGUCUGUCUGUCGGAGCUUGUUUUGUACAUUUACUACAUCCACAGUGUUGACUGGGGGAGGGAGGGUGGGAGUGUUUCUAGACUUUUUUUGUACAUUUUUUGAAUGGUUUUGUAUUUAUUCUUUGUGAGGAGUACUUUAUGUUACGUGCCCUACAGGCCAAAGAGUCAUGCAAUGCAUACACAGGCUUUUUUUCCUUCUAUUUUUGAACUAAAAUGUGUUUAUUUCCCCCAUUUUAAAAGAGCAUUUUUUUUAUAAUUUCCACUGUGCAUAUGCCUUAACUGAUCAGUUGUACAUUAAGGAGGAACUGCAUCUUUUCCACAGCUGUUGAGCACUCGGUUUUCAGAUUGACUACCACACCUCUGCAGAAUUCACCUUUUAUUCACCAGCUGUAAAAAUAGAAAGAGUGAUAGCGAACAAAGAGUUUCUUGAAUAAAAGUUUUUAAACGUUGUCAUA